GUAUACGAACGGCUCGACCGAAAACAACGAUCGACGGUCCUACGAAUCCGUCGGUCGGUCGGAAAAACACCGUUCGCACCGUGUCGGGCGUGAACAGAUCGGACGGGUUCGUUCACGCGUGCAAUUCGAAAUCGUGUCGCGCGAUGACCGCGGCGACGACGACAACGUACCUCGCAAUGUUGACAGGCCUUGCGCCACGGGAACGUCAACGCGUCCGCGCUUUUAGGUUAGGCGGUUUUCACGAGGCAAGGUUGGCAGGCCGUAAACCGAUAAAAGUUGAUACAAUCCUGAUUUUUGCCGGUCUAACAUCGCGGCAACUCGUGGAGGUAGGGGCGGCUCGCGGCGUGGCCGUGGUGGGGGGAAAAGCAGAUUUCCGUUGAGGGGCGCGCGUUUACCGCCGUAGCGCAGCCGUAGCGACAGGGCGGGAGAGGCGAAAGGCGGCGCGGGAGAAGUGGAAAGCCGGGAAGAGAGAGCCGACGAAGGGAAGAAUCGGGGUCCACAACAAAAUCGCUUAAUCGCUUUGCGCCACCGUCCGCAACGGAACACGGGCCGUCCGCCGCCAUCACGGUGCCCCCUAGUGUGCAUUUAUGUCUUUCUCUUUCUCCUUCUCCUUCCGCUUGUCCCGUCUCUCUCUCUCCCCGAUUCGCUACGCCACUUCGUGCCGCGACGUUUUCACGGGCGAACCGAGAGAGUGACAGCUGCCAGUCGUCAGCGCGGUACGUGCUUUACGCGACGACUGACAAUUGUCCCCGUGUGUCACCGCGUGAAUACAAGUUCCGCGCGAGGAUUGUUCGGCGAGGAGGCGUCUUGUCGGUUCGGAACCGUGUGCGUGUACUCUUUUCUCUCGCUCUCGCUCUCGCGUUUUUUCUCUCUCUCUUUCUCUCUACACACAUCGAGUGUCAUAAAACUGCAGCAAAAGUGAGUGUCUACCGCGGGCCUUGGCACAAAGUUGCCAAGAAUCGGCCGGACUUUUGCUCCAGCGGUGAUUUCAUUCGAGCGCCAGGCUGUCAUGGUAAGCGGCGGCAUGGCCGGGCAGCACUACUGCCUGCGCUGGAACAACUACCAGUCGAACAUGACGUCGGUUUUUCACCAACUUUUGCAAACCGAGGCGUUCGUCGACGUCACGCUCGCAUGUAACGAAGCUUCCCUGAAAGCACACAAGGUAGUAUUGUCGGCGUGCAGUUCCUAUUUUCAGAAGCUUCUGCUCUCGAACCCGUGCAAGCAUCCGACCAUCAUCAUGCCGCAGGACGUCUGUUUCAAUGAUCUCAAGUUCAUCAUAGAGUUCGUUUACAGGGGCGAGAUCGACGUCUCGCAGGCGGAGCUUCAGUCGCUAUUGAAAACGGCCGAUCAGCUGAAGAUCAAGGGGCUGUGCGAGGUGCCCGAGAGCAGGGACGGACCGCCGUCGGUGAGUUUGAGCUCGCCGCCGCGAGAGCCGGGCACUCCCAGGAUAAAUUUCAGCAAGCUAAAGAGGCGGUACAAACGGGCGAGGACCACGUUCGAGCCUCGCGCGACGGACUCGAGGCACUACGACCGAUACAAAGAGGAGGAAUCGAACGGGAAUUACAAUCCGGAGAACAAAGAGAAUCACAGGGACUGGCAGACCGAAGAUGAAGAUUGCACGGAGGGCGCAACAGGAACAGUAGUCUUGGAAACCUGCCAACGGACCAAUAACAAUAACAACAACAACAAUAACAACGGUAACGGUGCGAACAACAAUAAUAACGGUGACAUGUUCUGUCAUACAGGGCUCGGACACUAUGGUCACCAUCCAGAUCCUGGGGAAGUCGACCUGCCCCCAGAGACCCAACCCACCCCACCCAGCGCAACAUUGGUCGGCACUACGAUCACUCACCUGAGGGACCCGGAUCACCAUUCCACAGAGAUACAGAACUGCGACAGUGUGAAGAUAAAGUUCGAAACGUUGCACACGAUGGACUCGUCGGACACGAUCGACAUCGACAGCCACAUGUCGGACCGGGCGAGCGUCAGUUCGAAGAACGCGGCGGACAGUGACAAUAUGAUGAUGAUCACGCCGGAGCUCCUCGGUUUAAUGCCCUCUGGAAGCUCCGUCCACUCGGAUUCCGGCGAAAACAACUCGAGGGGACACUCCGGCCAAUCGAGCUCCCAUCAUCACGGAUCGAAGUCGUGGACCCAGGAAGACAUGGACGCAGCUUUGGAAGCUCUGAGGAACCACGACAUGAGCUUGACGAAAGCCUCCGCAACGUUCGGUAUACCGUCGACGACGUUAUGGCAAAGAGCGCACCGAUUAGGCAUCGACACGCCAAAAAAGGAUGGACCAACGAAGUCGUGGAGCGACGAGAGCCUGAACAACGCGCUUGAAGCGCUAAGAACUGGCACGAUCUCUGCCAACAAGGCUUCGAAGGCAUUCGGCAUACCUUCCAGCACGUUGUACAAAAUAGCGAGGCGGGAGGGCAUCAGAUUGGCCGCGCCCUUCAACGCCAGUCCGACUACUUGGUCGCCUGCCGAUCUGGACCGCGCUUUAGAAGCAAUAAGGUCCGGUCAAACGUCUGUACAGAGAGCUUCGACCGAAUUCGGUAUUCCAACGGGCACCUUGUACGGUAGAUGUAAAAGGGAAGGCAUCGAAUUGAGCAGAAGCAAUCCCACGCCGUGGAGCGAGGAUGCUAUGACCGAGGCACUCGAAGCCGUCAGAUUGGGUCACAUGAGCAUCAAUCAAGCAGCCAUUCACUAUAAUUUACCUUACUCGUCGCUGUACGGUCGGUUCAAGAGGGGGAAAUACGAAGAACCUUCGGUCGGUGAUCUGUCGCAAGAUGGUAGCAAUCCGCAUUUCCAUCAGAGCCCGAAUCAGAAUCAUUCGUCAGCCGUUCCGGAUCAAAUGCCCUACCAAGGCAGCUGAAACUUACCUCUUUAUUAGAGCGUUAAGUUAAUUUAAUCAUGGAACUGUUCGUCUGCCGCCGUUCGAUCCGAUUCAUUAGGAAAGAACGUUAAAGAAAAAAUAAAAAGGAAAACAAUAACACCAGCAUGAGAACCGCCGAGAGGAGGCCACCGACCAAACUUAUCACAGAAGAAUAAUUGGCUGAGGAACUGCUGCAAAGAACACGUAAUAAAGGGUGGGUUUCGAACCUGCGAAGUGGGAUGGGGGAAUUGUAAGGGUAGGGAACACUCAGUAUUAAUGGUGGAUUACCGUAAAGAGAAUAUUAUGUAAAUUGUACGAUUUUCAAUGUCAAAUCGAAAACCGUAGACUAAUUCUAAUUUAUAAGAAUUAUUUAUAAAGAGAAUACUUGUACAGUCGGGUGAUGAUAUCCCGGUAAAAACCUACUUCUAGCGUGUAAGUCGCCCCACGGGCCGAUCAGCGAGGAUUUAAAAUAUUCUACUAACGGAUAUGAUUUACUAAUUUAAACAGCGGAACGCAACCGGAUCGGUUAACUUAAUUCGUUUUACGCAUCGAUUACGCAUACUCUGUUGUUCGUCUCGUUUCUUCCUUAGAUCUUGUUGAUUGUCCAUGCUCGAAGCGCAGCUUCGUUUCUUGUAAUCUCGACAUAAUCGAAAUCCGUGUAUCCUUGACGAAACGUGAACGAUGAUGCUUUUUCGUAUAUGAAUAAAGGAGUUUAUACAUUCGUGAAACGUUUUAGGUAAGAUUGGAAACAAAAAAAAAGAAUUGUACACGCACAUUUCUACACAUGCGAAAACAUAUGUACACAUUAAAUACACACGCGCGCGCGUGCACACACGAACACACAUUCAUUGUACACACGCACACCUAUAUUUAUAAAAUUAAAAUACGUACCGGUGAAAGUGACGGUCGCUAAAUCUCACCAUGAAAGUGAGGGGAAAUUGUGUACCUACGUUAUAAAAUAAUUCGUGAGACUAGAUUUAUAAAGUCACAUUUGAGUUGUUGGAUUCUAACAAGCAAUUUCGGUUGGAGACCUAUCUUCGAGUUUCGUUGAAACAAUAUAUAAUAAUUUUUUGACAAUUUUCACUAGAAAGUGGAAAUUGUACUGUACGUGUUUGUGAAGCAAGUUUGUGAACAAGACAGACGUCGUGAAAAUGUAAAUCUAGAAAUGAUACUUUAAAACUGUAAGAUUACACUUGUUUUGUAAUUUCGUUCCGUCGUUUGUUGCGUACUUUAAGUAGAUCGUUCAAAGUUGCA